AUGCGCUACAUCAAGAAAACAUUGGACAAAUCUCCUGAAGCGACUGCAGAAUGCAUAAGCUUCCUGGAAUCUAUCUACCAAAGCGUGGCAGAAACACUGCCAGACACCAGGAGUGAGGAUGACAUCGUGGCAGCUGUGAAGUUGCAGGAAAAGGGAGGUGACGAACCGCUGACCCAAGAGCACCUGAAUGUUACCCCUUCUGUGUCGUGGAACCCGGCGCAAAAGAAGGAGAGUCUCAGAGUGAACCGAGACCAGGACAAGGAGCAGCGCUUUUUGCCCCCUGGGCGGAUGCACGACUAUUAUCAAAUGAUGAUAUCGCAGUAUCCAGAGGGAAAGAAGCCGGCUUCUUUCGCCACUUUCUACAGAGCUUGGACCACUGAAUAUCCAUUCAUGACUUUCCGCACCAAACGGCAACAUUUAGAGUGUGCUACUUGUCAACGACAUCGCAUUCUUUUGCGUUCCUUUGCCCAGAACCUCUUUGCCCGACGUGAACAGUCUAUCCACUAUGAGGGUCACCUUCGCGAUCAACACCGGGAUCGGCUAUCGUACUGGAGUGUUCGAGCACAGGCUCGGUUGCUCGCACCCGUCCUGUGUUUGAUAGUAGACGGGAUGGAUCAGGGUAAGUUCGCUUACCCAAGAGCUGCUGUGAUGGGUGGCAAGCAGUGGGCAAACUUCUCUCGCCCCAGAGCUCACAUCGUUGCCUGUCGCAUCCACGGGUAUGGAACAUUUUUUGCAGUAUCGCGUGCAGACGCGGCGAAGGACAGCAACCAUCACUGCGAGUUUAUCUCGAUUGCGAUUACCAUGGUGCAGAAGCGGUUCAACUUAGACCUAUCGAAAAUGCACUGCCACAUACAAAGUGACAAUUGCGUUCGGGAAACCAAAAACAACACGCUGGCAAGGUGGUGUUCAGCUAUGACCUCUCGAGGUAUCUUCUCCUCGUGUGUAAUGGCCUGUCUAAGGACAGGUCAUUCACACGAAGAUAUUGAUCAAGCCUUCGGCCGUUUAGCAUGCUGGAUGCAGAAGAAACCCACAGCCCUUCGCCCUGAAGACUUUGUCCCCCUGAUCAACCAGUUUCUUGAAGAGAGCCCAUUCCCCUACGAGCCCUUCAGACUGGCUUUUGAACUGAACCGCGUAAGAGAUUGGACCUUUGGCCCAACCCAGUAG